AUGUCGUCUUUAGCCGACCUAGAGGCGAGAAUAGAGAAUGACGAACAGAACCUCAACCAAUUUUUCCUGCUCCUCAUGGGUGCGAUCGUGAUGCUGAUGCAAUCUGGCUUUGCAUUUUUGGAAGCUGGAUCCGUACGAGCAAAGAAUGUGGUCAACAUUUUGGUCAAGAAUGUCCUCGAUUGCUUCAUCGGUGCACUUAUCUACUGGGCUUUUGGAUACGCCUUUGCUUACGGUGAUGUUUCUGCGGACCAUCCUUCUGCUGGUGCCAAUAGAUUCAUCGGGUUCAAAUACUUUUUCUCCAUCGAUAUUGAUGAUGGAACUGGCUUCUUCGCCACGUGGUUCUUCCAAUUCGUCUUUGCGGCUACUGCGGCUACGAUCGUCUCUGGCGCAGUUGCUGAGCGAUGCCAGUUCGGUGCUUACAUGAUCUACAGUACUUUCAUUACAGGCUUCAUCUAUCCCGUCGUGACCCAUUGGACUUGGUCGGGAACCGGAUGGCUUCAAAAUCAGCUCAUCGAGAGCAUGCACCGUCACACUUACGACGCUGACGGAAAACUUGUUUACGACGUUGAUAAUCCCGUUGGCUUCGUUGACUUUGCCGGCUCAGCAAUCGUUCACUGUACUGGCGGCAUUGCCGCAUUUAUGGGUGCUUGGGUGAUUGGCCCGCGAAUUGGACGAUUUGAUAAGGAGGAUAGCACCAUGCCUGGUCAUUCAACUCCUUUCGCCGCUCUCGGUGCCUUCAUUCUUUUCCUCGGCUUCCUCGCUUUCAACGGUGGUUCUGAGCUUGCGAUUGUUGGAGGAGACCAUGCAGUCGUCGUUGCCGCCGCCUUUGUCAAUACCAUUAUUGGCGGUGCAGCAGGAGCCAUCUUCGCCGUCACUAUCAACUAUGUCGUUGCCUGGAUCAAGGGCGAGCCUCGUUACUGGUCCCUUCUCGUCACCAUCAAUGGUGGACUUGCUGGAAUGGUUGCCAUGUGCGCCGGCUGUAAUGUUCUUCACCAAGGAGCUGCUUUUGGACUUGGCGCUAUGGGUGGCAUCACUUUGAUGUGGUUUUCGUGGGCGAUGAAAAAAUUGAAAAUUGAUGAUCCUCUUGAUGCAUUUGCCGUUCACUUUGGCGGUGGUAUCGUUGGUAUUCUCGCCACACCGGUGUUUAUGAACGGUGGAGUCGUGCAUUGGAAGAAUUGUGCUGACCAAAAAGAUGCCUACAGCGCUGCUUUCCCAGCCGUGACCAAUCCUGACGCCGAAGGAUACUUUUCCUGUGAUCACUUUGAAUACAAAGUCUUUGCCUGGAACCUCGCUGGAUUCUUGGCCAUCACACUUUGGGCCGGCGGCCUCUCUUUCCUCACUUUCUACUCUCUCAAACUGCUUGGCAUUCUUCGAGUGCCAAAAGAAGACGAAAUCAAAGGUCUUGAUGUUGGCAAGCACGGUGAGCCAGCCUACCCGAUUGAAGCUUACCUUGAUGGUCAAAUUCCCAACGUCCCAAAAUUCGCCGAAGAUAUGGCUCUGGCGCAACGAAGAGCAGAUUGA